UAUUUUUUUUGACAUUCAAUAUGAUGAAGAUCCCGAAAAGUCUGUAAUGAAAUUGUUUAGUACGGACGUUACAUCCUAUUUGGGUUGACUUCCAGCAUUGAAAAGGUGUUGUCAAUUUAUAGGCUUUUGAGUUCUUGAUCAUAUUUUUUAAUUAGCGAUAAAGAUUACUUUCCAUUCGAACGAUUCAGGUUAAUAAAGUGCUCAAGUCAGUACGAGCUAAGUGUUACCAUUUCCUCCUACAUAGCUUGUUGUUACUCUUCAAUGAACAUAACAUUGGCACACCGACCUGUAGUCGUUUCAUGGAAUAUUGAUAUUGCAUCUAAUAUAUUCAUAAACAAUCAGUAUUAAUCAUUAGAGAUAGGAUUUAUUUAAGUAAAUCCCGCGAAAUUACGAGUCGCCGAAACAUAAGUCGGUUUCAGUGUGAUGAAUAUCAUGUUGCGAUAAAUUAAACAGUGCAGUGAUUAUAGUGUCGAAAAAGUGAAGAAAAAAAUAGCAAUAAUUAAAAAGUGGAUUGGUGUUGUGUGAAAUGGCUAUGCAGUGUGAUAAUUGGUUGUCUUGGUGAAAUGGACUUCAGCAUAGUGAGGCCCCGUUUAGCUGUGGGCAUCUGGACUCUGUCGUGUCGGAUAUAGGCACACAGAUCCACUGAUAUUAUGAAUAAGCGUGAAGGCAAUAAGGACAAGGAACGUCAGAGUGACGAAAAAAGAACUUCCACCCUGAAAAAACAGGAAGCUUAAUAAGGAGUUGGUUCUUUUAAGUAUAGAUUCGCUACCGGCGCGGUGGGCGGUCGCGGUGGCGGCGGAAGCAGCGCAAUGCACACGUCACGCCACUCUGUCACCUCAUCCUCGGGCGUCCUUAUGGUCGGCCCUAACUUCCGGGUUGGGAAAAAGAUCGGAUGCGGCAACUUUGGCGAACUUAGGCUUGGAAAAAAUCUUUACAACAAUGAACAUGUAGCGAUUAAGAUGGAGCCUAUGAAGUCCAAGGCUCCACAAUUACACUUAGAGUACCGAUUUUACAAAUUACUAGGAACUCAUGCCCCCUCGACAGCAGAAGGGAUCCCGGAGGUUUAUUACUUCGGGCCCUGCGGUAAAUACAAUGCCCUGGUGAUGGAACUGCUAGGCCCCUCGUUAGAGGAUCUAUUCGACUUGUGUGGCCGGCGUUUCUCUCUAAAGACUGUACUGAUGAUUGCUAUGCAGCUGUUACAUCGUAUCGAAUAUGUCCACACGAGACAUCUAAUAUACCGAGACGUGAAACCAGAAAAUUUUUUAAUAGGUAGAACUGCAACUAAACGGGAAAAAAUCAUUCACAUCAUCGAUUUCGGUUUGGCCAAAGAAUACAUAGACUUAGAGACAAACAAACAUAUACCGUACCGGGAGCACAAGUCACUCACGGGGACAGCGAGAUACAUGUCAAUAAAUACACAUUUAGGAAAAGAACAAUCAAGACGCGACGACCUGGAAGCUCUCGGGCACAUGUUUAUGUACUUUUUACGUGGUUCCUUACCCUGGCAGGGUUUAAAAGCUGAUACACUCAAAGAAAGAUACCAAAAAAUCGGCGACACGAAACGGGCGACACCUAUCGAGGUGUUAUGCGAAGGUCACCCAGAAGAAAUGGCGACCUAUCUCCGCUAUGUACGACGGCUGGACUUCUUCGAGACCCCCGAUUAUGACCAACUCAGGCGCAUGUUCCGCGAACUGUUCGAGCGGCGCGGCUACGUGGACGAUGGCGAGUUCGACUGGACUGGAAAGACUAUGCCUUCGAAUAUGCACGUCAUGAGAAUCCUGCGCAACGCCCCGCCCUCUAAUAUCGUAAAAAAUAAAUCCGAUAAGUCAACUCCCGUGGGAUCCAUUCAAACGGGACACGAGAUUGUUGUAUCUCCGAAUCGUGGACAUCAAACCUUUCACAAGGAUGAUUUGUGUGAUUAUAUGAUUGGUAUGCUUGAGGACGAUGAGGCGGCCCUCAUAUCCGGAGAGGGGGCUGUAAAAGAUUCUGGUACUGGUGGUACCGCGAACACUGGUGGAAAUUGGCCCCACAGUGGAAAAGCCACGCCCCUUACUGCCGGUCACUUGACACCUGCCGACAGACACGGAUCCGUACAGGUUGUUAGUUCAACGAAUGGCGAGUUAGGCGCGGAUGACCCCACAGCCGGGCAUAGCAACACCCCAAUUACACAACCGCAUCAUGAAGUGGAUGUUGUCGAUGACACCAAGUCAGUGUUGCAACUACAAUCCGUGUAUUCCAGAUGCUGUUGCUUCUUCAAGCGCAAAAAGAAGAAGUGUGCGACGCGCACGUACAAGUGACGCGUGUGCCCCACGUGACCGCACAGACAUACAUUACAGACAUUUUACACAGUCACUUACAGACACAUUGCAUACACGCGUUAUUACAUACCUCGAUCAAGUACGCGAUCGGGAAUUGAGAAAAAUAUUAAAUUUCGAUAAAUAUCACCCUUUUAAAUAUUUUCUUUGGACGCCAAUAAAACUGAUUUAAUGUAUAUUAAUAAUGAUAUAAGGUCCAUAUUCUAAAACGUAUUAUUUGUCCAAACUCCAUAGAAGUAGUCUUGACAGUUCUUGAAACUAGUUUGAGUCAGUUCUGAGAUCGCGUACUUAUUCCGCUGUAUAUUUCUCUUCAUUCUACAAAUUAUUACAACUAAUGUAAUAUAGAAUCCAUUUCAUUCGUACAUUACAUUUUUCGUGUAUAUAGAAUAUGUAUAAAACAAUUAAGACAUACGUCUUAAUGUAAAAAAAGUUGCAAAAUAAACCCCAAAAAAUUACAAUUAAAGUUUGGUUUUUGAAAUUAUGAAAAUUAUCUUAUAUUAUUAGUUCAAUGGUUGUUAUUACUUAUAAAAAAGGCAGCUAUAUCAGUUAUAUGAGAAAGAAAUAUUAUUUCAUUAUUUUUUUAAUCUUUUAAACUACUGAACAAUUUUUCGAUCGGGGUGCAUAAAUCGUCACAUAAGCAUUUUAUUGAUCUAUAGAUUUUAGAUUAUGACGUCACAUCCGUUCACCAUACCACAGAUACCCUUCAUAAAUUCAUAAAAAUGUGUGUUCUGGUGCGGUUUUUAAUGUUUGUGUUCCCGUCCGUAGCUAUUUUCAUUUCGCCGAAAACUUACGAGAUCGCUUUGUCCGAAAAAGACCAUUCCAACUCGAACAAAAACUCUAGCAUUAUAGUAGACAAUAGAUGUCGCUUUUCUCCGUUUAGACGCAAAAUUUUCUUAUCGCAAAUGCAAUGUUUAUUUUUUGUUACAUAAGUAAUGAAUUACCAUAAUAUAAGAUAUCGAUCUAUAAGUUUGUGUGUUAAACUCGUGUCUAUUUUAGCGGCGCGUGUGUUAAACAUUAAACGUUUAAAAUCACAUUGUAUAUUUAUUUUCAUUUAUUCCUAAAUGCAUCACUAAAAACGUCUUCAUAACAUAACACUGUCUCUUUCGAACUAAUGCUAAUUAAUACGUGAGAACGAGAUGGCGAUACGUCGUGUUAAACACACGCGCCGUAAUAUGCAUAUUGUAGUUGUAAUUUUAUUUAGUCAUCGUAUAAGUUCAAUUCGUGCGAGUUCACUCGGCUCCGUUCAUAGCGCUGCCACUUUUCCUAUCCUUAUUUAUGCCUAUAUACUUUAUUAUAGUUUAAGAAUAUAAACAGGCAAUUUCAUGCAAUAAUUAUGUAACGGAAUAUUCAAGUAUGAUUGUGUACGACUAAUUUGGUCUAAGUAUGGAUACAACCAUUACUCAAAGGUGAAUGUUUAUAUAGCGUGCAAUAAUUUAUGUAUAAAUUCAUUACAAUAGUUACAAAUAUUACAUUUGUUUCAAUCGGUGAACCCUAAACUCCUUAAGACUGGUUGAAACAUGUCAUAGCGUCCGAAAUAAAAUCUACAGAACGUAACGAAUGCCUUGAUGCAUAACAAGCGACGUUGGGUUUCAUUUCGGACAAGCCUUUGUGUAGAAAACCGCGGUUCAUGUCAAUUUAAAUCAGUUUUAGGCCUUAAACGAUAUAUCAUUAACAGUAGAGUAAAAUUUCUGUCGAUUCGAUUGCAACCUCGGUCUGAGUCGAAAGUUCCAAAAAUUAUACUAAAUGUUUUAAUAUCGUUAAGAAUUGAUCGUCGUUGCAAUUGACAGUUGAGGUGACUGAGUUACAUCGUUUCAGUUAAGAGUUAGAUUAAUGAGUCGUUAGACUGAAUAUCGCCGAUGCGUUCGCGUCGCUAUGGAGACGUGCACGUAUACGUGUUCGUAAUCGGCGUGCUACGUGUAUAAAUUGUACAGCUUAGGAACGUUUGUAUAUUUUUGCUUGGACAGAAAUGGCAACGAAUUGAGGUUUUGGCCUUUUUGAUUGAUUAGCAGAAGAAUAAUUAAGAUAUACAUUAUACAUCUUAGUGUAUCGACGACGCGUUGUUUGUUGCGAGGUUAUCUGCUACUGUGGCGUUAAUUCCAAGUAUUUUUUGAAUAUAGUCAUCACAAAUCCUAACUCCCUUAGGAAUUUAAUUUCGGCUAAGUAAUGUUAAAAAUGUUUUUGAAGGACGCUCUGUCUUCAUAUUUUUAGAAAAAAUAUAGGUAAUACGUUGUACGCUGUAUGAUAAAUUUUAAUGAUGCGUAUAAGUUUUUCUAUGAAUUGUAACAAAGUAUUCUCUCGUUGAUAGAUCAUAAUCAUUGUACAAUCAUAAAAGUGAUAGGUUACAAUAUAAUGAAUGAUUAUCUUAUUAUACCAUAGUCGUACCUAAUUGUUACUUUCUAUUGCUAGAUAGAAUAAUCAAAUUAGAUUGGGUAUAACGUGUGAUCUCUUAACACAAGUUUAAAUUCGACGUGUGUUAAUAAUUUUAAAGUAUAUUGUUGUGUAAAGUGACGAAUCGCAGAGUUUGUGAUCUGAUUGUGGUUCUAGUGAUACGGACCGUCUCAACAAUUACUAACGAUCAGUGUUUUGUUCGCUUCUCGAGACAAAGUCAUACCAAACUGACAACGGAAGACACGAAAACGUUAUCGAAUUCAUAUUGCUGUUGCAUGACUUUGUCUCGGGUUAAUUAGUUUGAAUUACAAUAUUUACGAUAUGUACAUAGUUUGGCCGUCUGGUGCCGAAUGAAUUAGAAAACGAUGAAACCGGACAUUGUAAUUGAAACUGAUAUAAUUUUUUUCUUUGACGACAACUGCUGUAAGAUGGAAUUAUUAUUCCUCAUAUUUAUUAGAACCAGCGCCACAUUUAGAACGGUGCGUGGACACGGCGUUUCACGCGUUCUGUGUAGUUAAUUUAAUUGAUAAUUUGGAAGAUUUCGCUUACUAAGUAAGUUUCGGCUUGAGGACGCACGAGAUGGAUUUUUGAGCUAUAGUUAUAUAACUUUAUGUAUUUAUAAUACAUGCUUUCGAAACUGAAUUGAAUUCUUAUUGUUAAGUAUAAAAUAAAUAUUCAUUAUUAUAGAAACAAUUCUCAGUGUUUAUUUUUUCGUAAAAUUUGCGUAUGCAAUUUGACUUAUAUUCAGUUAUGGUCACAACCUGUUUUCAAAAAUACGAAAAUAUUUGUUAACUCAUAAUUAAAUAAAGCUUAUUAUAAGA